AUCAAAACCAAUGUUUAAUCUAUCAAAGUAUGAGUUUUGGAAUAGUUCUUUGCUUUAUUUUCAAGUACCUGUGUAUGAGAAUGAGAUUCUUUGACUAGUGAGGAAAGACAAGGCAUUCCCCACUUCUCUUCUUAUCAGCACAUGGCCUAUGAGUCUCUCUGCCUCCUCACUCACAACUUGCAGCAGCUGUUUCCUUCUCCAUAUCUCCAUUGGAUGCUGCAAUCCUUGUAUUAUUUUGCUGACAUCAAGAGCUCAUAUCCAAUCUGCAGUUUUUCAUCAUCUUGUGCCUCAAACUGAAGCUUGAAAGUUUCCCAAGUUUGUAGCUUCUAUCUUUGUUCUUGAAGUCUUCAGUACUUGCUCUUGUUCUUGAUAUCUCCUGCAACACAAGAUUAGCUUAGGGGACUUUGUUUUUGAGCUAAAAAAAAAUCCAAUUUUGAUGUUGCUUUAACCACAGAAAGCAAAAGCUUGGUAAAAGUUUGAUUUUUUAGAACCAGAGUUGUUUUAAUGGGGUCAGUGCCUGUCCUGGCGUUGUGCUUCUUGUUUAUUCUCAUUGGAGCAAAGGCUGGGAACCAGAAUGGCACUAUAGGUUUUUCCAGGCCAAAAGCCUUGAGUCUAGGGGCUCUUUUCACUUUGAAUUCAACCAUUGGGAAGGCUGCCAAGUUUGCUAUUGAGCUUGCUGUUGGUGAUGUGAAUAACGAUCCAAGUGUUCUCCCUGGGACACGGCUGAAUGUGAUCAUACAGGACACAAAUUGCAGUGGAUUUCUUGGAAUCAUAGAAGCCUUUCAGAUUAUGGAGAAAGAUGUAGUCGCAGUAGUAGGUCCUCAAUCCUCUAUGCUAGCUCAUGUGAUUUCUAACAUCGUUAAUGAACUUCAUGUGCCACUCCUUUCGUUCGCUGCCACCGAUCCGACUCUUGAUUCAUUGCAGUAUUCUUAUUUCAUUCGGACAAUUCACAGUGACUAUUACCAGAUGAAUGCUAUAGCUGACGUGAUUCAAUUCUAUGAAUGGAGAGAGGUCAUUGCUAUUUUUGUUGAUGAUGAUUAUGGGAGAAGUGGUAUAACUGCAUUAGGUGAUGCUCUUGCAAAGAAACGCACGAAGAUCUCAUACAAGGCAGCUAUUCCUCCCAAUGCCGACAGGACAACAAUCAACGAUGUUUUAGUACAAGUGAACCUAAUGGAGUCAAGGGUUUAUGUCGUGCAUGUAAACCCUGACUCUGGUAUGACAGUUUUUUCGAUUGCCAAACGUCUAGGGAUGAUGACUAGUGGCUAUGUAUGGAUAGCAACAGAUUGGCUUGCUUCUGUUUUGGAUUCUUCAGAGAAUCCUAGUCCUAACACAAUGAAUCUUAUUCAAGGGGCACUUACUCUUCGGCAUUACACUCCUAAUACUGUUCUCAAGCGAAGGUUCGUGUCAAGAUGGCGUGAUUUACUUCGAAAAGGAAAAACUACGUCGAGUUUAAAUGCUUAUGGGCUUUAUGCAUAUGAUACAAUAUGGAUGGCUGCGUAUGCAAUUGAUCGGUUAUUGAAUGAAGGAGCAAAUCUUUCUUUCUCGGGUGAUCCCUCAUUCCAUGAUACAAAUGGAAGUCACCUGCAUUUAUCAUCACUUCGCACCUUUGACAGUGGAAACAAGUUACUCGAGCAAUUGCUGUCCUCAAAUUUUACAGGUCUAACUGGUCAACUGCAAUUCGAUUCAGACAAGCACUUGAUUCAUCCAGCAUAUGAAAUUCUGAAUAUCGGUGGAACGGGUACCCGGAGAAUUGGGUACUGGUCUAACUAUUCUAGUCUUUCUGUAGUGACUCCUGAAGCUUUGUAUGGAAAGCCUCUAAAUACCUCAUCAACUAGAAAACAGCUUUAUGAUGUUAUUUGGCCUGGUGAAACUACAACAAAACCCCGGGGAUGGGUCUUUCCUAACAAUGGAAAGCCUUUGAGGAUUGGGGUCCCUUACCGGGCGAGCUAUACGGAUUUUGUUACAAAGGAUAAUGGCCCUGACAAUGUUAAGGGCUAUUGCAUCGAUGUUUUUAUUGCUGCGCUUAAGUUGGUACCUUAUCCAGUUCCACACACUUUCAUUCUAUUUGGAAAUGGUUCUGCUAAUCCCAGUUACAAUGAACUCGUACAGAAGGUGGCUGAUAAUACAUUUGAUGCAGCUGUAGGAGAUAUUUCAAUUGUCACAAACAGAACAAGAAUUGUCGAUUUUACUCAACCUUACACUGAAUCAGGCCUUGUUAUAGUUGCUACAGUCAAAGAGCUGAGUACAAGUCCUUGGGCGUUCCUUAAACCAUUCACAUUUCAGAUGUGGUGUGUUACUGGGGCUUUCUUUCUUUUCAUUGGAUUAGUUGUUUGGAUUCUUGAACAUCGUACAAAUGAUGAGUUUCGUGGACCUCCAAGACAACAAAUUGUGACAAUAUUCUGGUUUAGUUUCUCAACAAUGUUUUUUGCGCACAGAGAAAACACUGUGAGCACUCUUGGACGGGUUGUGUUGAUCAUAUGGCUUUUCGUCGUGAUGAUUAUUAAUUCAAGUUACACUGCAAGCUUGACAUCAAUCCUCACAGUUCAGCAACUCUCAUCAAAGAUCGAAGGCCUUGAUAGCUUGAUCUCAAGCUCUGAUCCAAUCGGAUACCAAGUUGGCUCCUUUGCAAAGAAUUAUUUGAUGGAAGAGCUUAACAUAGCUGAGUCCAGAUUGGUGGUACUGAAACGACCUGAAGACUAUGCCCGAGCUCUCGAUCUUGGACCGAAAGCAGAGGGAGGUGUUGCUGCCAUUGUCGAUGAGCUUCCUUACGUCGAACUCUUUCUGUCAAGUUACUGCAGGUUUAAGACAGUUGGUCAGGAAUUCACCAAAAGUGGAUGGGGAUUUGCAUUUCAGAGAGACUCUCCUCUUGCAGUGGACUUAUCAACUGCCAUCCUAGAACUUUCGGAAAAUGGCGAUCUACAAAAGAUACACGAUGAGUGGUUGACGACAAAUGAUUGUUCGUCGCCAGACGAUGUGAUUGAAUCAAACAGACUUAGUCUAAAGAGCUUCUGGGGGCUGUUCUUGAUAUGCGGCAUUGCCUGUGUUGGUGCAGUAAUUAUGUUCUUCAUCAAACUUUGUUUACAAUCCAUUAAGUAUCCUGGCGAGGAAAUUGAGUCAGGAUCAAUUGAGUCAACUCCGAGUGAAAGACGGCCAUCACGCUUGCCUAGCAUCCAGAGUUUACUGACAGUGUUUGAUAAGAGGGAAACAAUUGUGAAGGAAGCCAUCAAGAAGACAAAAAGUGAUAAACGACUGCAGAACUGUCAAAGCUCAGAUUUUUCUUCUGAUUAACGUUCCACUUCGUUCU